AUGGAAGUGUUCCAAGGUGAGACUUCAAACGCUGUGAUGCUGGCACUUUUGAUCAACGAUCUCCGGAAUCCGCUCAGCGCAGGCCAGCCAGCCACGGCUCUGCAGAAUCCCAUGCAGCUUUUCGCUGCCACUGCAUUCCACGGCGGCGCCUGGAGGACUGGCUGGAAGUUUGGCACCAUCGGCCCGUGCUCGGCCAUCGCGUACAUCACCACAGGCAUGUUGGUGAAAUUGUGGUUGGUCCUCUACUCCGUCCUCCAGUGCCUAGGCUGGGCCUAUGCGCUGCUUCUCCUCCCGGGUGGCCCUCAGAAUGCCGACGAGAUCAUCGCGCGCUUCACAUACUUCCAGAUAGCAGAAGUUGUGCACGCAGUGACCGGCAUGGUUCCCUCCAAUCCCGUCACCACGGCCAUGCAGAUACUAUCGCGGGUCGGCUUAGUCCAGGUCGUAGCCUGCGCUACCAGCAGUGCUGCUCGGGAGAAGAUGCUGCCAUGGAUGACCCUCUUCUACUACGCCUGGUGCAUCACUGAGGUCGUCCGGUAUACGUAUUACGCCUUGAACACCUUCGGCGUGCAGGUCUUCCCUCUGACGUGGCUGCGAUACUCCACUUUCCUGAUCCUGUACCCGUUGGGUGUGACAGGUGAGCUUGGCACUGUCUACUCCGCACUCCCGGAGAUGACGGACAUGGCUGCCAAGGGCCCCUGUGGGCUGGCAUGUGGAACCAUUGCCGUGGUUUCGCUCCGAUUAGGCUUCACCUGCUUACUUGGCGUGUAUCUGCUGGGAUUCCCGCUGCUCUUCGGCACGAUGCUCGCACAAAGGAAGAAAGUGCUCCGGAGAUCAUCUGCGGGCACCAAGAAGAAGUCUGACUGA